UAUAAUUGUGGUUUGGAAGAAGAGAAAAUCAAAGCAUACAUUUAUUACAUUUACACCAAUAACAUACAUUUUGUACAUGAAGAAAUCAUCUAUGAAUCCCAAAACAAACAAAGAAGAAGAGAAGAUAAUCCAUAGAAAUUAUGGUGUGAUAAAACCUCGUUCCUUCUUCAAGUUAAUACUCACUCCUAUUUCACAAUCUAAAAAACUGAGGAUUCCUGAUAAUUUUGCAAGGAUAUAUAGCAAUGAACUCAGUACAACUUCAAUCCUCAAGGUACCUACAGGAGAAACUCAGGAAGUAACAUUACUUAAAGAAGAUAAUCAGUUAUGGUUUCAUAAUGGUUGGCAAGAAUUCAUGGAGUAUUACUCCAUUAGCUAUGCAUUCUUUCUUUUGUUCAAUUAUGAUGGGAAUUCAAAUUUUUCGGUCCUUAUUUUCAAUCCGACUGCUUGUGAAAUAUCAUAUCAACGAAAUCCAAGCAAUAGUAUCUCUAAAGAACAAUGUGAAAUUUGUCCUGAAAAAAUGAAUGGUGAUAAUGAGGAGAUCACAAGUGACACAAAAGAAGACACUCUAUUUGGGCGUGGCUAUUCGAUGUCCAGAGCCUCGAAGAAUUAUGAGGCGCUAAUGAAGGAUGUAGUUGCUGCUGGAAUCUCCAGGCCUAAAAGACCUUUCUUUGUUACUGAUAUAAAGUCUUAUGCUCUGGAUACAGGAUUGUACUUGAAUGUUUCCUUACCUUUUGGUCGAGAUCAUUUAGGAUCCAAAGGAGAUGUAACCAAGUUGGUUAUAUUAGAGGCAUAUGAUGGAAGACAAUGGAAAGUUCGUUGUAUUAAAGGCCAUUAUAGAUGUACUUUUGGCUCUGGAUGGAUCAUCUUUGCACGAGAGAUUGGUUUGGAGGUUGGCGACAUCUGUGUUUUUGAACGUACUCGUGCAGAAGAAUGUCUGCUCAAAGUUCAUAUUGCUAAGAAGUCACAAAUCAAUGCUGCAUCAAUAUCAUCUGCAUGACUUGAGCAUCUACAUACAGAUGGUAAGACUUUUAGGAUUAUCCGUCUUAUGUUUUUGCAAAGUUGCAUAAACAUUUUGUUCAUUAGUAUGUGAUAUGUCAUAUGUACCAAACCAUAAAGACUUAUCUUAGUUCGAUCUAUCUGAUUUCUGCAUUUCAAAAGAAGGGGCUAAACAAGUCAUUCAAUUCAUAUAUUUGAUGUAGACAUACAAUAUUCUGACUACAAUUGCAUACAUGUACUAAUGCUGUUGAAUACAAUUUUGAAGUAUAUAUACUAGUAGUAAUCUUGAAGAAGCAUGCUUCAAAUUGCAAACGCAACAGACCUUUUGUUGCAUGAAGCUAAAGAAUAGACACCUAUACAGCCAUCAAAUUGAUGACCUAGCCAUAUUUAUGGCCACUUCUAACGAGAUCUUGCUCUUCGAGCCGGACAUGAUCGCCAUUGUUGGAGAGCAUGAGGAGAAGUAAUUUCCAAACCAUAAUGAUAAACAAAAGUAAUGGAAUAUUAGGUUUUUAUGACUCCUAGAGUUUGUGGUUUGACUGAGAUGGAAUGCCUAGCAUUACCAAUGUGGAUAUGGUGGUCACCCAAUGGAAUUCUCCUGAUGCCUGAUUUAUCCACCACACUCAAGUACUUGCACACAUGGAUGUGGACUCUCACCCUUUGCUGGGAACCCGCGGGUAGAUGGACCCUCUCGAACGCAACGAGUUGCUUCUGUGGGGCCCAUUUUCCUGCCGGUGGCCUAGAGAAGACAAGGAGGGUGUGGGCUCCAUCUUUGGACCCUUCAUUCUUGACAUCUACAUGUACCAUCAAGGAGAGUUGGCCACACCUUGCAUGAGUCACACGGAUAGCUUUGCCAGAGGCACUGGCAUUAGACCUUCGAUGGCCGUCCAAUGGAACCAUGACCUCCAUUGGGGCGUCCGCUAUUGUGUGAGUAAAAUGGGUGUAGCUCAACCCAUGUCCAAAGGGAUAGACCACAGGA